GUGUGGACACUGCCAGCGGCUGCAGCCGACAUGGAAUGACCUGGGAGACAAGUACAACAGCAUGGAAGAUGCCAAGGUCUACGUGGCUAAAGUGGACUGCACGGCCGACUCGGACGUGUGCUCUGCCCAGGGAGUGCGUGGCUACCCCACCCUGAAGUUUUUUAAGCCCGGCCAGGAAGCAGUGAAGUACCAGGGCCCUCGGGACUUCCAGACACUGGAAAACUGGAUGCUGCAGACGCUGAACGAGGAGCCAGCUACACCAGAGCCAGAAGUAGAACCUCCCACAGCGCCCGAGCUCAAGCAGGGGCUGUAUGAGCUCUCGGCCAGCAACUUCGAGCUGCACAUUGCACAAGGCGACCACUUCAUCAAGUUCUUCGCUCCGUGGUGUGGUCACUGCAAAGCCCUGGCCCCGACCUGGGAGCAGCUGGCUUUGGGCCUCGAACAUUCGGAAACUGUCAAGAUUGGCAAGGUGGAUUGUACGCAGCACUACGGACUCUGCUCAGAAAACCAAGUCCGAGGCUAUCCCACCCUGCUGUGGUUCCGAGACGGAAGGAAGGUGGAUCAGUACAAGGGAAAGCGGGACUUGGAGUCACUGAGGGACUACGUGGUAUCGCAGCUGCAAGGUCCAGAGAUGGGAGCCCCUGAGACCGUGGAGCCCUCAGAGGACCCUGCGCUGGCUGCGGAGCCCACAGGGGACAAGAGCACCGUGUUGGCACUCACUGAGAAGAACUUCGACGACACCAUCGCAGAAGGAAUCACCUUUGUCAAGUUUUACGCCCCAUGGUGCGGUCACUGUAAGAAUCUGGCACCCACCUGGGAGGAACUCUCCAAAAAGGAAUUCCCUGGCUUGGCAGAGGUCAAGAUCGCUGAGGUUGACUGUACAGCGGAGCGGGACGUGUGCAGCAAGUACUCGGUCCGAGGCUAUCCCACAUUAUUGCUCUUCCGUGGUGGUAAGAAAGUGAGCGAGCACAGCGGCGGUAGGGACCUUGAGGCUUUACACCACUUCGUUCUGCGCCAGGCGAAAGACGAGCUGUAGAGACCCUGCUGGAAGCCGCCCGUCCCGCAGCGCCGGCGUACAGGCCUACAGGAGCGGCGCGGACGUCCGAGUUUCCGUGGUGGUGACUCACAGAGCUAAAUGUACUAAAUUGGCGGUAUCUUCUCUGUGUGUGUUUAAGCCAACACACGCUGCAGAUUCUUAAGUUUCUCUAAGUCAGUGUGUAAUUCUUGGUCACUGUGCAAACAGUAUUUUCGGGGUGAUCCGCCCCCUUUAACUUUCCUUGAUGAAAUUCAGUGGUUUCCUUUGAGACUAACGUGGAGUCGAGGGAAAUCAAAUUGCUGGACUGUUUUUGACUUGCAAGUGAUUUGGGCAGAAGCAUCAUCCAAAAGCCUAGUUUUUUUAACUGCCCUGGAGUCGUGGAAAGGUGGCUUUGUGGCGGGAUUGAUGGCUCUCUGAUCCGAAGGUCAUAAUCGACUACUAAUGACAUGGUUGGUCUGUAGCUUGGAGCAAAUUUCAAAACAAAAACCCACGCUCUGGAAGAUCUGGAUUUUCCAUUGUUUCUUCUCAGUGCAAGAGGCCGGCCGUAAGGAAAGCAGUGGCGCGUCUGAGGCCUCCCUCCGUGCGGGCACCGCUCAAGUCAGCCGCUGUGCAGUCUGCUGCUGUCUGUUACUCACGAGGCGAGAGAUUUCCUUAGUUCCUAGCAUGAGCGUGCAGCCCAGGUCCGUGUGCACAUUAAGAUCCUGAUGUCUUCCCUAGAACGGUGGCUGGUCCUGUCCACUCCCUCAGCGCUCAGCAGGUUCUGGUUGCAUUUGCUGUCUCCGCAGCAGGACCAUACCAGGCUUCUAGGCCUGGGUGUCCAGGGACCUGCAGCCCCGCUCCGGGCCCCUCGGAACAGCUUCUGCUCCUGCUCCUCAGUAGUCCUUGUAGCGGCUUGCUGUAUGUUGUCUGCCUUCCAGGAGGUCGGCCUUAUAAGGUAUGAACAGCGGGAUUCUUUCCGAAGACUGAAGUCGGCAGGGUUGCACAGGUACCGAUGCUGGCGUCCUAACUCACACCGUCCUGGUUAUUAAAGAUUUUUAUUGUCCUCUUGGGCACAAGCAGCUGUAGGACUAAGACACGUGUCUGUGUUCUUUCCCAUCGAGUUCCUUUUUGUGAUAACCAUUCUGUGGCCGGUCCCCUUCCCCCCACCUCCCGGGCACACUGUGCACGCACAGCUGGCGGAAAGACGCUCAGAACAAGACCACGUCUACCGUCUGAGGCAGGAGGGAACAGAGGAGCGUCUCUGCCAGCCUCUGCCUUAAAGGACAUCUUUAUUAAUCGCGCAUGGUUCACAGGCGUGCAGUCAAAGAACCCAGCUUUCUCAAGAAGGCCAGAGCUCCAGUGGCUUCCGCUUUGCAUCAUGAGUCUUGUAUUCAGAUCACGGUGGUACGAUUUGUUUACACUGUACUUUCUAAAUAAACUUUAAAAACAAAA